UCACCUGCUUCUUUGCUGGUCGAAUUCGAGCCCUAAUCUGAGAAAUUUAUCUGCUUUCUCCAAAAGCGCUUCUUCCUCCAUGGAAGAAGAAGAAGAAGAAGAAGAAGAAGAAGGAGAAGAGCAGGUGAUGAGCGAGGUCCAUUUGGGAUGCCCACCGCGAUCCACCGGACCCUGCACCACCCACUUCACCUUCUCCGUUCCAUCCAUAGAUGUCGUGGAUGGGAGGAGUAAUCAGAAGCUUAGUUUGGAUGAUAAUGCUGAAUGUUCAAUCCUCGCAGAAAAGAAUAAUUCUGCUGUACAUGGUAAUGUUGAGUGUAGCGACCACUGUGAUAAAGAUCCUUCAUCCGACAUUCUAACUGUGGAUAACGAUGGUGAUCUUGUUGUAAGCCGACGAAGAAACAAAACUAAGAAAUGUUUGACCUAUGUAAUGGCCAUCAAGCACAAUAUCACUUCAUCACUUCGGAAUGUCGGACUGCAGGUGUGGAGAGCAUCAUUGGUACUUACCGAUUAUGUCUUGCAUAGAAGUUUUACCUCAUGUGACUUCAAUGGUAUCACAGCAAUAGAGCUUGGUGCUGGAACAGGUUUGGUUGGUAUAGCACUUGCACGGGUUGCUGGGUCAGUCUUUAUUACAGAUAUAGGCACCGAGAUCUUAGAUAACUGUGCAACUAACGUUCAUCUUAAUUCUAGCUGGCUGAAGUUUGAUGAAACUGAAGUUCACGUACGCGAGCUCGAUUGGAGAGAGUCUUGGCCUCCGCUGAUUGGAAAAUUUGAUCUCCUAUCCCAACCAAGGUCGAGGUACUCGUGGACCUCUGCAGAGAUUGAGGAAGCUGAGAGAGCAGUAGUGCUUUUAGCUGCUGAUGUAAUUUACAGCGACAACCUUACUGACUUGUUCUUUGGCACUCUGGAGAAGCUAAUGUCACAUGGCUCCGAAAAGGUUUUAUACUUGGCCUUGGAAAAGCGGUACAACUUUAGUAUGGAAGAACUCGAUGUUGUGGCGAAUGGUUAUGAACAUUUUCGAAGCUUUUUGAACAAUGAUGAGGAUUGUGGAAGGCAAAACGAUAAAUUGCCGCCAUGUUUUAAAGGCGAGCAGAUUGAUAUCAGUGAGAUCCCGCAGUAUGUAAAAGAGUAUGAAAGGGGAAAAGAUGUAGAGUUAUGGAGGAUUACAUACUGUUUGAGACAACAAACAUAGAUGCAUUUCACCACCAAAAUAGAAAUUUUGUGUUGUAAUGUUUUUUCUUUUUCUUUUUUUUUUGUCUCUUUCUUCCUCUUUAUCGUACAAUAGACUGAUAUAUUACACUUACCAAUUUACCAUGUGGUUUUCAUUAUCAUACAAUUUUUUGAACUAUGUGAUUUUUAA